AUGGAGGCGGGACUCGUAGUCCGGAGUGAGGUUGUAGAGGAGGCGAUGGAUUUGGAGUGGUUCGGGGAGGGCAGCUUGGCGUGCCGCAAGGCGAUCAGCGACCUCCUGCAUGCGCCCCACAUAGUCAACUGCGCCGUCACACGUAGCGAGGGUGAUGGAGAAGUACUCCUGGAAAAGGACGCCGACCGAGCUGAUGUCGCGACGCUCAAACAUCGCCUGGAGCUCGGCCCAAAUGAGGGAGGCGCGCAUCUCGCGAGCUUGAAAACGGCGCAUGAGAGCGUCGGGGAGUGCGCCGAGGAGGAUGGUGCAGGCGCGGUUGUCAGCGGUGGCCCAUGCGAUGCUCCGAGGGAGAUAGUCUGCCAUGGCCGUAUUGUACUCAUCAAGGAGCGCCAGGCGAUUGGCGCGUUCCGCUACCGCGAAGUCGUGGUUAUGUACCGCAACCUCAUGCUCCGCCUUGCGGAUGAGGUACUCGCGGCGAUCGUGGAGAAAGACGGCAUCGGCGGCACUCUGGAGCGCUGGGGUAGUGGCGAUCUCCAAGGUGGGUUCAGCAGGAGGAGGGCCAGGAGGAAUGGGGGGUGGAGGGGGUUCGCCAGGAUGAUUGGGUGCCGUGGGCUGGAGGGCUUGCGGGCGGCGGAGGAGGACGUCGAGGACGCAGUAGGGUCCGACGAAUGCAUCCUGGAGAACACGGCGGAUGCUCCCGACGAAGGAGUGCCAGUUGAUCGCCGAGCGGUCCGCGGCAAGCUGAAGCUUGUCGACGGAGGAGGCGUCAAUGGGAGGGGGGAGAGGGGGAGGAGUGGUAGCCAUGAGAGGCGACGGCGGGUGGACCCGCGGCGGCCUCGAGAGGAUGGCUCACAGGAAGGUGAGGGAGGAGAGACAGCUGACGGCGGUGGGUAUUGA